UAUACCCUGGCUGUUUUCGUGGAGCCAGCAAAGCCAGUUUAAGGUUCCCAGCGAUCUACGAGGUCCCUCGGAGUGGUUCGGAGGCUCCAGUUGGGGCUGGCCUGGUGGGUAGGUCCCACUCCCUUCAGCAGACCUAGCCCAGUCCUGCUGUCCUGGGGAGGCCCGAGGAAGCCCUACAGAGAGAAGGGUCCAGCCACAGCCAGAGAGGCACCAUGGUCCUGGCUGGCCUCUGGGCCUUCCUUCUGUGUGCCUGUGUCCUAGGCCACCCAAAGCAAACAACAUCUGGAGGAGAGGAUAUGAGAAAUUGUUCUGUGACCCCACCGUAUCUUCCAGUCACAGCUGUCAACACCACUGCCCGGCUUAAGGACCUUCGACAGCAGUUGGAGACUAAUGGGCUUGAUGCCUACAUCAUUCCUGACACUGACGCCCACCUGAGUGAGUACCUGGCCAAACACGAUGAGAGACGCUGGUGGAUGUCUGGCUUCAGUGGCUCGGCAGGAAAUGCAGUGGUGUCUAAGACAAAGGCAGCUCUGUGGACCGACAGCCGCUACUGGAUUCAGGCUGAACGGCAAAUGGAUUGCAACUGGGAGCUGCAUAAAGAAGUUGGCGCUUCGCCCAUGGCAACAUGGAUCCUGGCAGAGAUUCCAGCUGGAGGUCGAAUUGGCUUUGACCCCUUCCUCUUCUCCAUCGACACAUGGAAGAGUCUUGAUCUUCUCCUUCAAGGUACCAACAGAAGCCUGGUGGCCAUCACAGACAACCUUGUGGACCAGGUUUGGGGGACAGAGAGGCCUUCCCUUCCCAGUCAGCCAAUUUACUACCUCCAGGAGAACUUCAUAGGGAGCACAUGGCAGGAUAAAGUCACAGAAAUCCGAAACCAGAUGCAAAAGCACGAUAAAGCCCCCACAGCCGUCCUUCUGUCUGCGCUGGAUGAGACAGCUUGGCUCUUCAAUCUUCGCAGCGAUGAUGUUCCUUACAACCCCUUCUUCUAUUCCUACACCCUACUGACCAACUCCUCCAUCAGGCUAUUUGUGAAUGCAAGCCGGCUGAGCAAUAAUGUCCUACAGUACCUGAACUCAGAUUGCACGGACCUGAUGUGUGUGCAAAUUGAAGAUUAUGGCCAGAUCCGAGAAAGUGUCCAGGAGUAUGCCUCAGGAGAUGUACGAAUCUGGCUUGGAACUGAAUACACCACCUAUGGGCUCUAUGGGGUCAUACCCCAGGAGAAACUUGUAGAAGACUCCUACUCUCCAGUGAUGGUGACCAAAGCUGUGAAGAACACAAAGGAGCAGGAGCUGCUCAAGGCUGCACAUGUGCGGGAUGCUGUGGCUGUGAUCAGGUACCUGGUGUGGUUGGAGAAGAAUGUGCCUCAGGGUACCGUGGAUGAAUUCUCAGGGGCAGAACAAGUAAACAAGUUCCGGGGAGAAGAAGAAUUCUCAUCAGGGCCCAGUUUUGAAACAAUCUCAGCCAGUGGCCUGAAUGCUGCGUUGGCCCAUUACAGUCCAACCAAAGAGAUCCACCGCAGCCUGUCCCAAGAUGAGAUGUACCUGCUGGAUUCUGGAGGGCAAUAUUGGGAUGGAACAACAGAUAUCACCAGAACGGUCCACUGGGGGAUCCCUUCUUCUUUCCAAAAGGAAGCCUACACCAGGGUGCUGAUGGGAAACAUCGACCUGUGUAGACUUGUCUUCCCCUCAUCCACAUCAGGGCGAGUAGUGGAGGCCUUUGCCCGAAGAGCCCUGUGGGAAGCUGGUCUCAAUUAUGGACAUGGCACGGGGCAUGGCAUUGGCAACUUCCUCUCCGUGCAUGAAUGGCCAGUGGGAUUCCAAUCCAGCAACAUUGCUAUGACCAAAGGCAUGUUCACAUCCAUAGAACCCGGUUACUACCAGGAUGGAGAAUUUGGGAUCCGUAUUGAAGACGUGGUCCUGGUGGUAGAAGCCCAGACCAAGUACGGUGGGUCCUUCCUGGCCUUUGAGGUGGUGUCCCUGGUACCGUACAGCAGGAACCUUAUCGAUACCAGUCUGCUGCUGCCAGAGCAGCUGGAGUACCUGAACCAAUACUAUAGGACAAUUCGGCAAAAGAUUGGUCCUGAGCUGCAGCGGCGGGACCUGAAGCAGGAGUACGAGUGGCUCCUGCAGAACACAGAGCCCCUGAGCAACAACAGCAGUUGGGCCCAGCUUCCGGCAUCACUGACUGUCCUGGUGGCAGCUAGCCUUGCAUCCGUCCUGGGCCAGAGCCUAUAGUGAGGAGACCUCACAGCACUCCCCCCAGGCCUGAGACCAGCAUUGAAAGUUCAAGCCCCCUGCCUCAAAACGUCACACUUAUAACCUUUAGGGAAGAAACUUGCAGGCUGAAACUGGUUUUCCCUCUCCCUUCCCUACUAAGUCUGAGGCCUUCCCAUCCUAGACUUCCUGACCCUGGCCCCAGGCCAGGAUGUCCUGCCCAAAGGAGUCCAGGGACUUCCAGGAUUCUAGACAUCUGGGCUAGGAGUCUAAGGUAGGGCUUUGCUUUUAAAAAGUGGACUUUUUUAUAUUUGCUCUCACUUUUCAAUGAAAGAGUCAGAGGUCUCUGUCUGUAGUCAAAGGGCUUGGGUUCAAAUUCUGGCUCCACUACUUACUACCUAUGAGACCUUGGGCAUGUCACAACCUCUCUGGGCCUCAGUUUUCUCAUCUGUGAAAUAACCUGAAGAUUGAUCUAGAUGACCUUAAUGAUCCCUUCCUUGUUCUAAAUCUAUGCUCCUAUGGUCCCUCCUUCACAGAACCCUCUCUCAUAACAAGUCAAGCAAAAGAAAUCAAUGUGUUAGCCACACGUGACAAAGUACACCUCAUUCAUUCCACACCAAUGGUCCAACAGCUCUCUGCCAAGAGACAGGGAGCGUAUCGUACUGAGUCCUUGGACGUUCUGAGAGGUCACUGCAUCAAUGAGUUCCAAAAUCUGCCAUUGUUGUUUUCUUUUACGUUAUUGUAGGCAGCAUGACGAUUGUUUCCUAGAUUCUGCUCGCUCCCUUCUUCAAUGUCAGUUCAUACAAAUCUUCCCAAGUUUCUCUGAAUUCUA